ACCGUUACUAAAGAAAGGUGUAGACCUAGUUGAGUGGUAGAGUCCUGUCGAGCCAUCUCACUUUUCUCGUUGAUGGAUCUUUAAGGAAUCAUGGAUACUUUUUUCAAAGUAGAUGCUGUUACAGGAACGAGGCGCAUGUUCUAUGCAGUAACGCCAAAUGAAACGUCAUUCGAAACACUAGAUGAAGUUCCCAAGUACAUUGUUGAGGCAGCCCCAUUUUUCUUCAUCUCUGUGAUGAUUGAAGAGAUUUAUCUGAGAUAUCAUGAUGGUGGUAAAGAAGAUAGAUUUGCAGACAGCAUUACCUCCAUAAUCGCUGGCAUGUUUAUGAUCGUUACAGGGUUAUUUUCCAAGGCCAUGGAGCUUGGUAUCUAUGUGUAUGUCUUUGAUCGUUUCUGCAUCUAUGAGCUUCCAUGGGAUAGUGCUUGGACGUGGAUCUUCAGUUUUCUUGGGAUUGAUCUUGGAUAUUACUGGCUUCAUCGAAUGUUACAUGAAGUGAAUAUAAUGUGGGCAGCGCAUCAAGUUCACCAUAGCUCAGAAGAAUACAACCUAUCAACCGCUCUCAGGCAAUCAAUAUUACAAAGAUGCUUCAGCUGGAUGUUCUACAUUCCAUUGGCUUUUGUUCUGCCUCCUUCUUCAAUGUUUGUGCAUAUGCAAUUCAACACAUUGUAUCAGUUUUGGAUACAUACAGAGCUUAUCAAGAGUCUUGGACCAUUGGAAUACAUUCUAAACACACCUAGUCAUCAUCGCGUUCACCAUGGUCGUAACAGAUACUGUAUUGAUAAGAAUUAUGCUGGAACUCUGAUUAUCUGGGACAGAAUGUUUGGGACAUUUGAAGCAGAAGAUGACAAAGUAGCAUAUGGAUUGGUCCAUCCUCUUACAACAUACAAUCCCAUCUCUGUUCAGUUUUGUCAUCUCCAGUGGAUGUGGAGUGUGUUUUGGUCUACCCCUGGACUGAUGAAUAAGAUCUAUGUAAUCAUCAAAGGACCAGGAUGGGAACCAGGAAAACCAAGGACUGGACUCAUCGAAGAUAUACCAGAUGUGUGUGGACCUGAGCCAAAUAAAUACAGGACUGUGAUUCCAGGAUGGCUAAAGGCAUAUAUCAUGAUUCAUUUUGUCAUCAACCUUAUUAUUUAUCAAAUCUAUUUGGAGAAAGCCAAGACACUGUCGCAGCUUCCACUUAUCGUUGGUUUGCUCUACCAGAUCUACACUUUCACUUGUAUGGGAAUGCUCUGUGACUUAAAACCAUGGUGGAACGUCCUAGCCGAGAUGGUACGAUGUGCAGUGGUCUUUGCAGUGGCUUCUCUGGCAAUUCAUCAGGAUGUCGGACCCAGUAAUGCCCUUCUGUUUCUCCAGGUGACCUAUGGCCUGUCUGUUAUCUUCUGGUUCCUUCGUCCUGGAUCUUUGGAAGACAUGGAGAAACUUAAAUCAAAUUAAGUUAUCCUAUAUCUUAGUUGAUACAAAUUCCUAAUGCAAUCUCCCACAAAGGACUUAGGAUUCUUAUAUCUAAACAUACUUUACUGCCAUAGUUACUUUUUAGUUUUCCGAUCCUUCAUUCAUGAAAUUAAUUAAUUAGUGCCUCAGUAGGAUUAGUCAAAUACUUUUGUUUUGUGACAUAUUCAGAUGCAUUGUUGGCGAUUUUUCAGUACUAGGAGGAUAAAAAUUACAGAUUGUGACAAGAUUUAUUUCAAUGCCUUUCUCUUUAACUCACAUGCCAUAUCGAUUCAUAUCUGUGAUUAUGUUCUCUCUAGUAGCCUGUGAUUGUCUGCCCUGCUCCCAUGUCUUUGACUGACGUAAACUGAUCUAUUAACUAUUCUGCAGAUCACCAUUAAAACUAACCCUCUCUUCACCUAUUUCGCCCCUCUGUUUUCAUUGUGAGAGCAAGAUUCCAGGAUUUGACCCAUGAAUGUAACUGCUUUUGUAACAUUUUACUUUGGAUUCUCCUAAGAACCUCCUCAUGACUAAUUCAAAGGAAUCUUUAUCAUUUUUCUGAAAAGUCAUUUUCCAAAUCUUUUCAUUUUUUUCCUUAGAUAGGGGCAAGGCCAAAUUUCAUUUUCCCUAUUAUGCAAAAGUACUAGUUAGGUGUAACAGUUCAGAAGUCUAGUCUUAUUCUGUGAUCAUUUAUGAAGUACAAAGAAAAAGUAUAUUUACAGUAUAAAAUUAUUUACAUAUAUGUACUAAAAUUAGAAUUGAAGGCUUGUGAAUUAUUGUUACUUGGCAUAAAGAAUGUGCUGCUAUAAGUCUUUGUCCCAUUUCUAAUCCUGUGUCUUGCUCUAUGAAGAAUAAUGAUGAAUUUUCAAAUUACUUUUCCUCCUGUAUGUAAGCUUGCAAUAUUUUGUUAUGCUAUGUGAUUACUUGUGCAAAAAUUAUAUGAUAAAUUACUGAUUAAGGUAUGUCAGAGUAAACAGAGGAAGAUAAACAAAAUGUCUGUGUGAUGAUAAUGUCAUAUUGAUAUGAAAAAAAUAUAUAUUAAAUGGACAUAGUUGACCCUACUCUAUUCUUUGAAGAUGCAUAUGAAAGAUUUGAUAUGUAACAUGUAUUUCUUAAAGUUGUAUCCUUAUAGUAACUCAUUUCAUCAUGUACUUUUAUUUACCAGAGCUCACAGUACCAAUUGUCAUCUCUUCAUCAUAUGGUUUCACUAUUUCACUGUUUUGUCAUAGAUAUAUUCAAUACUAAAAAUGUGUGUAUUCUAUGAGGGAUAGAUUAAUAAUGUGAUUCUGAGGGAUGUAAUGAUUUCCAUCUUCUGUUAAUCAUGUGUAUUUUGAUGAGAACCAUCAGCUAUUUUGAAAACAAGUAUAUACUUGCAUAAAAAUGUUGGGUCAUUGAUAAAAGAAUAGUGUUCUUGUGCAGGCUUUUGUUAGGAUUGCGUACUUUGUAGAAAGGUUUAUAUUCCCAAGAAAAUGUCACAAUGCAUAAAAGUAAUGACUUGGCUAUCUUUCGGACCACAGACCCACAUCCGUGCAAGAAUUGAUUCAGAUAGAAUAACUACACAACAAAAAUUAUGCAAGAUUGGGAGGCUGCAGGCCAACAGAUGGUUGGGAUGAUGAAUUGGAAAGUUUUUCUUAGAAUGGCCCAGGUAUG